AUGUCGACAAAGAAAGAAGAAGACGAGAAAAGCACGGUCAAUGAUACCGGCAAUAGCUCCGACGAGUUGACUACCGUCGUCGAGGAGUUACUAAACAACUUGUCCACCAAGUUCAACACUGUGUCGACCGAGAUGUUUGCAAAGAUGGACGAGAUGUCACGACGUCUAGACAGUCUCGAAGCUGCUCUUCGAGCCAACGAGGAGAAGGCCCCUGGUUCGCCAUCAAAGAGUUAA